CUCCUACUAGACGGUUGUGUGCUCUGUAAUUGCAACAACGUAAAACUUUAUACGCCUUUAUUGUCGAGUGCAAAUAGUUAACUUGUAGUGAGACAUUUGUAUAGCUGUAAUAUAAUUGCUAUUAGAUAUAGAUGUUAUGUGUAUUAAGAUCAUUUGCCUGAAAUUUCAUCAUUAGAUAUUGUUGAGAGGCAAUUAAUAUUCACAAACUACGCCUGAAGAAAUUCCUCAGUCACGAUGCUGUGAGAGGCCUGACGUGACCUUGACGUCUUAAGAAUCGAUUAAAUCAGAUCCGAAGUAAAAGAUAAUUCGGGUCCGGGAGUUUUCUGAGUCAUCCAUCAUUGCACGAUGUAAAUAGUCCUGCUGCUAACGUCGACAAGUGGCAUAACAAAUCCGUGAAAAUGGAGCUCGAAGACGUGGAGAUGUAUGGCAGCGGCAACUACCUGUAUGAUGAUAACAGUACCUUCAACAACACAUUCGAGAACUGUCCUAAUAUAAACUUGCCCGUCGUGUAUGUGGUUACGGAGUUGCUGUAUGCAAUUGUAUGCGUAGUAGGGCUCCUGGGCAACACACUCGUCAUCUACGUAGUGCUACGGUACUCCAAGAUGCAGACGGUCACUAAUAUGUACAUUGUCAAUUUAGCCAUCGCUGAUGAAUGCUUCCUUAUAGGCAUACCCUUUCUCAUCGUUACCAUGUCACGAGGCGCUUGGCCCUUUGGAAGAUUCAUGUGCAAAGCGUACAUGAUAUCGACAGGCAUUAAUCAGUUUACGAGUAGUAUUUUCCACUGCAUUAUGAGUGCAGAUCGCUACAUAGCAGUUUGCCAUCCUAUAGCAGCCCCACGUUUCCGUACACCCUUUGUAUCUCGAGUCGUAGCUGCUACAGCCUGGACAGCCUCCGCGCUUGUCAUGACACCUAUAUUUAUGUAUACCACCCUAAUACCAACCGAGAAUGGCGUUUCCUGUAAUAUUGUCUGGCCAGAGCGUGAUUUCAAUAAAGGAUCAAGAACAUUCACCCUGUAUUCCUUUGCUCUCGGCUUUGCGGCACCUUUAACGCUCAUAUUUAUCUUCUACUGUCUAGUCAUUCGAAAACUAAAGACGGUUGGACCAAAAAAUAAGUCCAAAGAGAAGAAACGGUCUCACCGGAAAGUUACUCGCCUCGUGCUUACCGUGAUAGCUGUGUAUGUAAUGUGCUGGCUUCCUUACUGGACUUUCCAAGUGGCUCUUAUCUAUUCGCCUCCAACAGAAUGUGCGAGUCGAAUAACUAUUACCGUAUUUCUGGUCGCUGCCUGCUUUAGCUACAGUAACUCCGCUAUGAAUCCCAUCCUAUACGCCUUUCUGAGUGACAAUUUCAAGAAGAGUUUUCUGAAAGCGUGUACCUGUGCCGCCGGAAAGGAUGUAAAUGCAGCAUUGCAUGUUGAAAACAGUGUCAUACCACGGAAGAAGGGUGGUGGAACAGCGAGGACUCAAAGCCGCGCCGGCGUUGGAGUGAGGCGCACAGGCGCGGCGGUGGCCGGAUCCCGUUCUGAAGCGUCGACUGCGGUGACGUCACAGUCAUUUGCCGCCGGUGAGCCAUUGCACUUGGAGGCACGGCCAUCUACUUUAACGCCACUAAUAACUCCCAAUGGCCUUACACACACGCGCCUCUGAGUGAGGGCCUCGCGCCGCGUCCGCGAGCCCUCUGCCCCGCUACUUGACGAAGAUUCGCUCAUCGUCUCCAUAGACUAGAUUUAACCAAAUUAUAAUAUAUACAGAAGGUCACCAGCUUGUUCUUAAGCUGAAAGCCAUAGCGUACUAAACGGCUAAAUUGGGAGUUAUAGAAAUGUAAGCCGUUUUUGCUAUGGCAUAUUGACUCAAGAGCAAAUUUUCACUUAUUGCAUAUGUGGUUCGAAAUUUGGACCAAAUUGUAAAAUAUAAAUAAUUUAAAUAUAUUUGUCGUUUUCUGUCAUCGGUGUUGUGUGUAAGUGACCUUCUGUAUGUUUAAGUGUUGAAGCCUUUGACAGGUACAAGACACGAGCCCUGUUGCGUCUCUGUCAAAUGUCUUUCAAGUUUCAGUGUUACGACUAAAAGGGAAGUAAAAUAUUGGCGCGUGCGGUUAUUAAGUGUUCAGCAGUGUGAGACAAUUUGUUUCGGCCUAGGGUUGUAACGAAGAAUUUAUUAAGUUUAGAUAGGCUCUCGCAAGGCGAAUAAUCAAUAAAUGUUUGUAUACCAGUUAAUAUUAUGUAAAAAUGUACAUAUCCUGUAAAUACUUAUAAUUGUC